AGAGAGAAUAGAGGGAGAGAGAAUAGAGAGAGAGAGAAAAAGAAACCGGGAGAGAGAGAGAGACGUGAGUUCUCUGAUCCCGGUUUAUAAGCCGACCUUUGAUUCUCUGUCCCUCCUCUACCUCCCACCUCUUUCGCCACUUUAUAAAUUCCUGUCCCUCCCUCUCUCUACCGGCUCUCUCUAUACCCGUGGAGCUUCGUUUCCAUGGCUUCUCCGUCCCAAGCAAGUCUACUCCUUCAGAAACAACUCAAAGAUCUCUGUAAAAACCCAGUUGAUGGAUUCUCUGCCGGUUUGGUAGAUGAAAGUAACCUAUUCGAAUGGAGCGUAACCAUUAUCGGACCACCUGAUACUUUAUACGACGGGGGCUUUUUCAAUGCCAUCAUGACAUUCCCAUCCAAUUAUCCAAACAGCCCUCCAACGGUGAGGUUUACCUCGGACAUGUGGCAUCCUAAUGUUUACUCUGAUGGGAAGGUGUGCAUUUCAAUUCUUCAUCCCCCAGGUGAGGAUCCGAAUGGCUAUGAACUUGCAAGUGAGCGUUGGACACCAGUCCAUACGGUUGAGAGUAUAGUUUUGAGCAUUAUAUCAAUGCUUUCAAGUCCUAAUGAUGAGUCUCCUGCAAAUGUUGAGGCUGCAAAAGAAUGGAGAGAGAGAAGGGAAGAAUUCAAGAAGAAAGUAAGUCGAUGCGUGAGACGGUCACAAGAAAUAUUGUAAACUGCCGCCCCUUGCUCCAGGGUCGACUCCUACCUAGAAGACUUUUGUAAUGGUGUGCUGGCUAUCAUCGGUCGAUAUUUGUUGGUUCAUGAUGAAUUUCUAUUAAGUUUUAAAAUCAAUUUAUCACCUGCACUUUGGUUUUUUUUUUUUAUUUGUUUGAUAACUUUAUAUUUAAUACUGAAAUAUGAAGACUUUUCUUGAA